GUGCCGAUGUUUCUUUCUAUGUUCACCCGUCUGCUUUUAUUACUUCCAAAACUUUCUGUAACCGAUGCUGAAAUUCUAUUCCAAAUUUCCGAGAAACAAUCAACGACAGCUAUACGCCCUGAAAAUUUUACUUCUAAAUUGCGAGAGGCAUACUUGCAAAGAAAAUCAGUGAAAACUAAGGCCAAUUCCGGUGAAAGGCUAACGCAAAAAUCAAAGAAUACGAUACACAGAAAUUGUAUAUUAGUCGAUGAUAAACGCAGGAAGCAACUAAUCCAGCUCUUCUCUGAAGAAAAUUACGACAAAAAUAAUCUUCCUUCCACAAAUCAUACUAACGUUGUCGUCGAAUUGACAGUCCAAUCCAUUACCGAAAUUAGUGAAUUCUCUAGUAGCUUCAAAGCUGAUGUUUGCCAGAUAUGGCAGGAUCCUCGACUGGAUUUUUCAUCAUUUAAUUACUGUCUCUCCAACCUUUCACUUCCUUCACAUAAACUAAAUUCAAUAUGGACACCAAAUGUUUGCUUUGUGAAUAGUAAAAAUGUGCGGAUACAUGCAUCACCUUCUGAGAAUAUAUUACUUUUAGUUUUUCCAAAUGGCACCGUCUGGCUUAACUAUAGAGUUUCUCUAAUGGGUCCAUGUUUUUUGGAUUUGUCACUUUUCCCUAUGGAUGUGCAACAAUGCAAUUUGGUCUUCGAGAGUUAUUCUUACAAUAGUGCUGAGACUGGGAGCCUGUUUCCAUUCCUGAUCCAAAUGCCAAACGUCUACCCGACUUCGAACUGCUUUCUCAUACUAACACAAAAUUUACAUUGCUCUAUACAGCCGGCCUAUGGGAUCAACUUGGUUAUUUUUUUAGUUGACCGUUUAAAAUCAGUUUUCAGAAGUUAUUUUCAAGUUCAGGCGUUUGUAUCAUCGCUGAUGGCUCUUACUUUUCAAUUCGGAAACGUUGUAAAGAAUUUGCCUAGAGUAUCUUAUGUCAAAGCUUUGGACAUUUGGAUGUUUGGCUGUAUGGGCUUCAUUUUCCUCUCACUAGUUGAGGUUCUUCGUAAUAGCAUUUUUUCAUUAACUUUCCUUAAGUUGGCCGUGGUCGGCUUUUUUGAUAAACUGGAAUCGAGAAGGAGAAGAACCCGUCGAACAAAAGAUUAUAUGUUAGUACAUUCGGAUAGUGAGCAGCAAUGGCUAUCUCGCAUACCAAGUCGUACAAUGCCGCAAGAAAUGUUUGACGGUGAUUGCAGAAUAACCUCGUCAAUUGGAACGCGAUUAUCUAACGGCACCACAACAAGUCCAAGAAUGCAAUGUUCCAAACCAAAAAAAGUCACCACAAUAGAAGAUGAGGGCAGAAUAAUCAGUGGGGAAUUCAUUGACGAUGUCUCGGCGAAACUGUUCCCAGCCAUGUUCCUCGCUUUCAACCUUUUCUAUUGGUUCUACUACAUAGGUCUCUCAGUAUCAAGGCCAUGA